UCUCUGAAACGAAGGGUGAAAAAAAAACAAUAAAGAGAAAACCUAACAGAGAGAGAAGAAGAAGAGAAGCUUUAACGAUCGAACGGAGGAGGAAGAUUCUUCCUCCAAUUACACAUCUCUAUUUUUACGGAAUAAUUCGUAAUUUUAGUGUCAACAAACCAAAAAAAAAAAAAAAAAAACGAACCCGAUCAACGAAACUUGCACUGCAAAAAAAAAAACACCAUCUCCGAGAAAAAGAAGAAGAAGAAGAAGAAGGAGAGCUCCGCUCCGUUAAUUUUUCAAUCUUUUUUUUGAAAAUUAGUGAAGAACGAGAGGAAGAAAUAAAUCAAUUUCUCUUCUAUUCCGAUUAGAGGUUUCACGGACUUGCGGGGACUCCGUGAUCCAAUCGUGAAUCUCAUUUUUUUUAAUUUGCUUUCUGUUGUUCCGAUCGAAUCCUCAUUAAUUGAUCAGAUCUUCAAAAAUUCAGGGGGGUUAUGAAAUCGAACUCGUGUUCAUUUGAUUGAAGGGAUGCAUCAGCACAAUCUAUUCACCACAAUGCGAAGUUUAAAUCUUGCAGAAGGUUGUAAAGGCACCCAAGUCUAUGCACCCCCUCCUCCUCAUCCACAACAACAACAACCCGGUAGUAACAACAACAACGCAACCGGAGGAGUCGGUGACAAGUUCCUCCAACACCUCCAAGACCACCUACGUGUCAACUCAAUCCGAUCCAAAUCAAGCCGCACGUACCCCCAACAAUCAAACGUCGCCGUUUCCCCCGACUCCCUCCUCCCUCUCGGCCUCCCUCUAACAGAUCUCCUCGAGCCUCGCAUCGAUCCCUCCCUCAAAUUCCCCGAUUUGGUCGACGAGAUGGCGCGAGUCCACCGCCGCAUCGCCACCUCCGACCGAUCGGAGAAAUCCGGAGCUUACCUGGAGCAAUGCGCCGUCUUCCGUGGCUUAUCCGAUCCGAAGCUUUUCCGGCGGAGUCUCCGAUCGUCUCGGCAGCACGCGGCGGACGUCCACGCGAAGGUCGUGCUCUCCUCCUGGCUUAGAUUCGAGAGGAGGGAGGACGAGCUUAUCGGAACGACCUCUAUGGAUUGCUGCGGGAGAAUCUUGGAGUGUCCAAAGUCCACUCUCGUCCCCGGGUACCACCCGGAGACGGUUUACGAUCCGUGUCUCUGCUCAUCCGGAUCCUCCUCAAUUAUUAAUGACGUGUCAGAAUGUUCCACUUCCGAGGAGGAGGAGGUGGACUACGACAUGUCCUUCUGCAUCGGCGACGAGGAGGUUCGUUGCGUGAGGUACAAGAUUGCGUCGUUAUCGAGACCUUUCAAGGCAAUGUUGUACGGAGGGUUUAACGAGAUGAAGCGAGGGACGAUCAACUUCACGCACAACGGAAUCUCCGUGGAAGGGAUGAGAGCCGCUGAGAUAUUCAGCAGGACCAACAGGUUGUUAGGUCACGACUUCCCUCCUCACGUGGUCUUGGAGCUGCUCAAGCUCGCGAACAGGUUCUGCUGCGACGAGUUGAAAUCGGCUUGCGACGAGCAUUUGGCUCGUCUCGUUACGACUCUGGAGGAGGCGAUGCUGUUGAUCGAGUAUGGUUUGGAAGAGGCUGCGUACCUUCUCGUGGCGGCUUGUCUCCAGGUUUUUCUUAGAGAGUUGCCGAGCUCGAUGCAUAAUCCGAACGUUAUAAAGAUCUUUUGCAGCGUCGAGGGACGGGAGAGGUUGGCGUCUCUUGGACACGCGUCGUUUAAGUUGUACUUCUUCUUGAGCCAGAUUGCGAUGGAAGACGAUAUGAAGUCUAAUACCACUGUGAUGAUUCUAGAGCGUUUGGUUGAAUGCGCGGUGGAGAGUUGGGAGAAGCAGCUCGCGUGUCACCAGUUAGGUGUGGUGAUGCUAGAGAGGAAAGAGUACAAGGAUGCUCAGAGAUGGUUUAACACAGCGGUUGAAGCUGGUCAUCUUUACUCGCUAGUGGGAGUUGCUAGGUCUAAGUUCAAGCGUGACCAUAGAUACUCGGCUUAUAAGAUUAUCAACUCGCUGAUGUCGGAUCACGUGCCUACUGGGUGGAUGCACCAGGAGAGGUCUUUGUAUUGCAGCGGUAAAGAAAAGCUGCUGGAUUUGGAUACAGCUACUGAGUUAGACCCGACUUUGACGUUCCCUUACAAGUUCAGGGCAGUUGCGUUGGUGGAGGAGAAUCAGUUUGGUGCUGCUAUCUCGGAACUGAACAAGAUUCUUGGGUUUAAGGCAUCUCCUGACUGUCUGGAGAUGAGGGCGUGGAUAUCUAUAGGUAAGGAGGAUUACGAAGGGGCUUUAAAAGAUAUUCGAGCGCUUUUGACAUUGGAACCAAACUUUAUGAUGUUUAAUGGGAAAAUCCAUGCUGAUCAUAUGGUGGAGCUGCUGCGUCCGCUGGCUCAACAGAGGAGCCAGGCUGAUUGCUGGAUGCAGCUGUUUGAUCACUGGUCAACUGUGGAUGAUAUUGGAUCUCUAGCAGUUGUUCAUGAUAUGCUUGCAAAUGAUCCAGGGAAUAGUCUUUUGCGUUUCAGACAGUCUCUUCUUCUGCUACGGCUAAACUGUCAAAAGGCAGCAAUGCGUUGUCUAAGGCUGGCUCGAAACCAUUCGAAGCUUAAGCAUGAGAGACUUGUGUAUGAAGGAUGGAUAUUGUAUGAUACAGGGCACCGCGAGGAAGCUCUGGCCAAGGCCGAGGAGUCUAUUUCCACGCAAAGAUCAUUCGAAGCGUUUUUCCUCAAGGCUUAUGCUCUUGCUGACUCUACACUCGACCCAAAAUCCGCAGAGUACGUUAUCCAGCUCCUCGAAGAAGCACUUCGGUGUCCCUCAGAUGCUCUCCGUAAGGGACAAGCUUUGAACAAUCUGGGGAGCGUAUAUGUAGAUUGUGAUAAGCUGGAUCUUGCAGGUGAUUGCUAUACCAAUGCGCUCAACAUCAAGCACACAAGAGCGCACCAAGGUCUUGCACGUGUUUAUCAUCUGAAAAAUCAACGUAAAGCUGCUUAUGAUGAGAUGACAAAGCUAAUAGAGAAGGCUCAGAACAAUGCGUCAGCAUAUGAGAAGCGGUCUGAAUAUUGUGACCGUGAGAUGGCACAGGCCGACCUAAGCUUAGCAACACAACUAGACCCUCUCCGAACUUAUCCUUACAGAUACAGAGCUGCAGUUCUUAUGGAUGACCACAAAGAAAAUGAAGCCAUAGAGGAGCUUUCGAGGGCGAUAUCAUUUAAACCAGAUCUCCAGCUGUUACAUCUGCGGGCAGCGUUCUAUGAUUCAAUGGGAGAAGGAGUAUCUGCUAUCAAAGACUGUGAAGCAGCAUUGUGUAUUGAUCCAGGUCAUACAGAUACACUCGAGCUCUACCACAAAGCUCGUGAAGCAAAUGCUACCGACCAAAAGUAGAACAAAACCAUCAAUUUAUUUGGUCUUUCCUCCUGGUAUGCUUCUACACUGUUUCAUUUCCUUCUGCAAACAGAAACUGAGUAAUCAACAAAGGUUUGGUUUGAGUGAACAGAGAACAAACACACAAAAAAAAAUGCAAAGCAUAGCCAUGUAAAUAGAAACUUCUAUACUAUUUUUUUCUUUAAGUUUUGGUUAUUGGGGGUUGAGGAUACUAUAGUAGUGCAGAGAGUGUUUCUUGCUGCUACAGGUAAAAGGUUCUCUGGCCAAAGAGGGAACCAUGAUGAAGAACUUACCUCUGGUGAAAUUGGACUUCUUCUUCUGUCCUGUUUCUGAGAUGUGUUGUUGGUUCUUUCUUUGAUUUUUAUUUUUACUGGGAUUAUGUAAUUGUAUCUGUAACUUUCUCAACUUUUUUCUUUUACAUAUUUCUUGUAUUGAUUCUCAAAGCAUCCAGGGAUGUGUUUUUUUUCUUCUUAUCCUCUUGAAACAAGAAAACAAAGAGACUAUUCAUUCAAUAUACAUUUCAACAUUUUACAAGAAUG